AAUCCGAGCGACGGUUGCGGCGGCUCUCGCGGAGCUAUAGAGCGUCACAUGGGGCUCCUGUGGAGACCGCCGUUCGUGUCAUCUGGCGGGGGCCGGCGCCGAAAUCGAUAUCCUAAGCGCGGACUGCAGUGUCCUGGAUACCGCCACCGUGCAUGUGACGGCGAACCUCGUUCGCUGGGGGUUGUAGUUCUGUCGCUGUAGUCGAACACUUUCCAACAAGAAACUGCAAAUAAAAGUACUAGGCGACGACGACGGCGGCGCCGGCAGGUCGCCGCGGCUGUGAGGAUCGAUCAAUUGGAUCGGAUCGGUCGGGCCGGACGCAUGGAAUGAUCUGAGUGAGCGGUAGCAGGAGCGGCGGAUCCAGCAGCAGUAGCUGUGAUGUUCCGGCUCUCUGGUAGUCAGUUCUAGUGCUGGAGUACUACUGAAACUGCUGGUACUGAGUACUAGAUUGAUAGUCGGCGGAGACUGGGCGAGACUGUUUCGUGUGUGCAUGCGGUAGGAGAGCGAUCGAAGGGGGGCUGUUCCUUGGCUGCCUGCCCUAAAUGUGAGUCGUGACGGCGUGUGAAGUGUCCGUUCUGCGGCCGCAGAUGGUGGGGUCCGGAGCUUUACCAUGGAAGAGGAGAAAGAGGAGCAGACCCUCAAGCAGAAGGUGCUUUUUUACAUCACCGCGUUCUUCGUGCUGCUCGGUACGUUCAGCCUGUUUUCGUUCCUGUUCCUUGUGCCUUUUGUCAUCGAUCCCGCGUUCACUACAAUUUUCAUGGAGUUCGACGAGCAUCCAGCCUUCUGUGUGACGAAGGACGCCGAGAGGCGCCUAGGAGUUUCAAACUGCUCAUGGUCCUCGUGCCGCGAGGGUUGCACCAAAGACAUUUACGACUGUACACAAAUUCGUGUCAACUAUAAGUUGUUACAUGACAACCUAUCCUCCUCCCUAUCGAUGACCGACUCCGACACCGACCUGGAGGCUCCUCUAGUGCGACAAGGACGGGCCGUCAGCGAUGACUACGAUUACUAUGUGUCCGAAGUGGAGCCCACAGGGCUCAUGGGCAAUGACUCAGAAUGGUACUAUAUGGGCGCCAAAUUGUUCCCAAAUGUUAAAGGCUGCGGCUAUCCUCCCAUGCUCAAUUGCUCGGUUUGGCUGAAGAGGUACAAAGAAAUAGGUACGAACUUUAGUUGCUACUAUAGUCGCGUCGAUCCGGGACUCGUAAUCAGCCACCUGGACAUGUGGCAAGUGUACAUGAAUUUGGUCUACGCCAUGGCAAUACCAAUACCUUCUUUCAUACUGUCCGUAAUUUACUUAACUUUUGCAUACUUUAAAAUCUACAAUGACGAUGAAGAAACGGCGCCGCUUGAGAAGAAUGCUGAGGCUAUGGAUAUGGAAGGCGAUAGCGUCCCUGAUGAGACACCUCUACAACCCACUAGCAGUGGAAUUACACCUGCAAGCGAGGCAUUCCGUGAGGACUUAGCCAGCUUCGGGCACCAUUUCAAGGUUGCUAUGGCUGAUGAGAUGAGCAGAGAAAGCUUCGCCGAUGGGGUUGCCAAUUCGAUGUCGAUUCCUGGCAACCUGACCACAAUGACAACCAGCAUCUCUAUGACCGGAGGACCCAUCGCUGACAUCUAAUGGAUAGGCACCACUGUAUACAACCAGCUCAGGCUUGUGUGUUUUUCAUACUUCUUUUUUGAUAAUGCUUAGAAUAACAUUAGAAACGAUUUUUAAAUGGUUCUUUACCUACGGUCAGCUCAUUGUAACGGAGAAAAGAAACGGAAAAGAUAAAAAGCGACAUAUAUAAAAUUCUUAUCUCAAACACUUGUAGCAAUUGUUUGUUUAUAAAAUAUAAAAAUAAGGGAAACAC